AUGCCCUUUGGCCUCAAGAACGCGGGAGCAACAUAUCAGAGGCUAGUCAAUGCCAUGUUUGAAGAGGAAAUUGGGGAAGUCAUGGAAGUCUACGUGGAUGACAUGUUGGUCAAGAGCAAAACGAAUGAUGGCCACAUUGCCAACUUAGACAAGGUUUUCACGAAACUUUUGGCUCAUGGGAUGCGCCUCAACCCACAAAAGUGUAUCUUAGCUGUUGGUGGAGGAAAUUUUUUGGGAGUCCCUCUCCUCUCCAAGCCUAUCCUAGGAGAAGUGCUUUACUUGUAUUUGGUUGUUUCCGCCACGGCCAUCAGCGCUGCUCUCACGCGACAUGAACAUAAUAAUGAGCUCCCUGUAUAUUACUAUGGUAGAGGGUUUGCGGAUCCCGAGACCCGCUACCCUAACAUUGAGAAACUGGCCCUAGCUCUCAUCACUACAGCACGGAAGCUCCGGCAAUAUUUUCAAGCUCACACAAUCCAUGUCCUAACCAAUCAUCCCUUGCGCCAAAUACUACAAAAGCCUGAAACUUCAGGACGCAUGGUCAAAUGGGCAAUUGAACUAGGAGAGUUUGACAUACAUUUCAAGCCAAGAACAGCAAUAAAAGGACAGGCAGCUGCAGAUUUCAUUGCUGAGUUCAUUCCCCUGGAUCAUGGCAACCCAAAUGACGACGCCCCCCCCAGGGACUCUAUCUGGGAACUCCAUGUUGAUGGAUCCUCAAACAACAGGCUCAAUGGAGCAAGAAUAAUCAUCACAGACCUAGAGGGACAUUCAUAUGAGUAUGCUCUCCGGUUUGAGUUCAAAGAAUCCAACAACAUAGCUGAAUACGAGGCUCUCGUAGCUGGCAUUCAACUCUGUUGA